AAACAUACUGUAUUGAUGAGCACAAUAUAUACAUACAGUAUACAGGUAGAGCAAGCAAGCACAAAUAUAUACACGUACCUGCACACAAAGCCAAGAGAAGAGAAGGCCGACCGACCGACCGACGGACGGACGGGGAAGGUUGCGAGUCGCAGUCGUCGUCGUCGUCCUUGGAUCUCUUAUUGUAUUCUAUUCUAAUAACAGGCAGAGGCAGGCCGCCCCAACAAGCUUGAGUGAAGUGGAGUCGUGGUGGGACGCCGCCACGGGAUCCAACCGCAACGCCCGCCCGCCCAUCGUCUUCCAUUUCCAUCUCGCUUUGUCCGUCCUCCGCUCGCGCUCGCGCUCCACCAGCAGCCAGAGCAGAUGAUGGUGAUCAUCGAUCAGUCGAUGGCCAGCAACAAUGAUCCUCCCUCGAUAUCAUCUUCCUCUAGCUAGCUAACCGUCCCGCACCAUACAUCGAUCAUCUAUCUCUCAUCGAUCGAUCCAGGGCAGGCACCACCAACCGCCCCACCAAUUCCCAAAAUUCAAUCCAAGUCCGCCGCCGGCCGGUUGCCUUGCCACCAGCAAGCAUGAAGCUCGUCGUCGACAUCUCCGACGCCGCCGACCUGGCCCCCAAGGACGGCGCCGCCUCCUGCAACCCCUACGUGGAGGUCGACUUCGACGACCAGCGCCAGCGCACCGCCACCAAGCCCGCCGACCGCUCCCCGUACUGGAACCAGACGCUGGUCUUCGACGUCCGCGACCCCUUGCGCUUCCCCUCCCUCCCCAUCGACGUCUCCGUCUUCCACGACCGACGCCUCCACGACCACAACGCAGCAGUCCGCCCCCACACCUUCCUCGGCCGGGUCCGCAUCAACGGCGCCUCCGUCGCGCCGUCGCCACAGGAGGCCGUCCUGCAGAGGUACCCGCUCGAGAAGAGGGGCCUCUUCUCACGCGUCUCGGGAGACAUCGCGCUCAGGAUCUACCUCGUCGGAGAUGCCGAUGAAACUCCUGUUUCUGCUGCUCCCAAUCCCAACCAGCAGCCGCAGCAGGAGUCCGUCGCCGCCGCCGCCGCUGGAGACCCCGAAAGGAUCGUCAGGUCCGCCUUCGCACCACAGCCGGUGGAGCAGCAGGGGAAGAGCGGCGGAGCCCCACCAGCGCCAGCAGGGGAUGAGCACGAGGCACGGCCUCCCCGCAUCUUCCGCUCCGUGCCAGCAGCCGACCCGCAGCCUCGCCGCACCCUCCACGCCGUGGCCGCGCCUCCUCCUCCGCCCGGCCAGACGGUCGUCAUGCCCAACAAGCCCGCCGCCUCCUCCGCCCCUCCCGGCCCCGCCUUCGGCCUUGUGGAGACCAAGCCUCCGCUUCCGGCCAAGAUGGGCCCUCGCGCCGCCGCCGCCGCCGCCGCCAAGAUCGCGUCCACGUACGACAUGGUGGAGCCGAUGACGUACCUGUACGUGAGCGUGGUGAAGGCGCGCGACCUCCCCAACAUGGACGUCACCGGCGCGCUGGACCCCUACGUGGAGGUGAAGCUGGGCAACUUCAAGGGCGUCACCAAGCACCUGGACAAGAACCCCAACCCGGUGUGGCGCCAGACCUUCGCCUUCUCCCGGGAGCACCUGCAGUCCAACCAGCUUGAGGUGGUGGUCAAGGACAAGGACAUGAUCAAGGACGACUUCGUCGGCCGCGUCCUCUUCGACAUGACCGACAUCCCGCAGCGGGUGCCCCCCGACAGCCCGCUCGCGCCGCAGUGGUACCGCCUCGCCGACCGCCACGGCGACAAGCUGCGGCACGGCGAGAUCAUGCUGGCCGUGUGGAUCGGCACGCAGGCCGACGAGGCGUUCCCGGAGGCCUGGCACUCGGACGCGCACUCGCUGCCCUUCGAGGGACUCUCCAACACCCGCUCCAAGGUGUACUACUCCCCCAAGCUCGCCUACCUCAAGGUGGUGGCCAUCGCGGCGCAGGACGUGUUCCCCGCCGACAAGGGCCGGCCCCUGGCGCCCACCAUCGCCAAGAUACAGCUCGGGUGGCAGGUGCGCCGGACGCGUCCGGGGCAGCCCCAGGGCUCCACCAACCCCGUGUGGAACGAGGAGUUCAUGUUCGUGGCCGGCGAGCCGUUCGACGAGCCGCUCGUGGUGACGCUGGAGGAGCGCGUGGCGGCGGGGCGCGACGAGCCCGUGGGGCGGGUGAUCAUCCCCGUGGUGUCGCCGUACGUGUACCGCAACGACCUGGCCAAGUCGGUGGAGUCCAAGUGGUUCAACCUUUCGCGCGCGCUGACGGCGGACGAGGCCGCGGCGGGCGUGACCGCCGCCAAGGCGCUGGCGGAGAAGACGACCUUCUCCAGCAAGAUCCACCUGCGGCUGAGCCUGGAGACGGCGUACCACGUGCUGGACGAGUCGACGCACUACAGCAGCGACCUGCAGCCGUCGGCGAAGAAGCUGCGCAAGUCGUCCAUCGGCAUCCUGGAGCUGGGCAUCCUGAGCGCCCGGAACCUGGUGCCCAUGAAGGCCAAGGAAGGGCGGCUCACGGACGCCUACUGCGUGGCCAAGUACGGGUCCAAGUGGGUGCGCACCCGGACGGUGCUCAACACGCUGGCCCCGCAGUGGAACGAGCAGUACACGUGGGAGGUGUUCGACCCCUGCACCAUCGUCACCGUCGCCGUGUUCGACAACGGGCACGUCCUCGGCGGCGGCGAGGGAAGCAAAGACCAGCGCAUCGGCAAGGUGCGCGUGCGUCUGUCGACGCUGGAGAUCGACCGCGUCUACACCCACUUCUACCCGCUGAUGACGCUCACCCCGGGCGGCCUGAAGAAGACCGGGGAGCUGCACCUGGCGGUGCGCUUCACCUGCACGGCGUGGGCCAACAUGCUGGGCAUGUACGCCAAGCCGCUGCUGCCCAAGAUGCACUACAGCCACCCCAUCUCCGUGCUGCAGCUGGACUACCUCCGCUUCCAGGCCAUGCAGAUGGUGGCGGCGAGGCUCGGUCGCGCGGAGCCGCCGCUGCGGCGGGAGGUGGUGGAGUACAUGCUGGACGUCGACUCGCACAUGUUCAGCCUGCGCCGGAGCAAGGCCAACUUCUACCGCAUCACCUCCCUCUUCUCCGGCGCCGUGGCCGUGGCCAAAUGGAUGGACGGCAUCUGCAAGUGGAAGAACCCGCUGACGACCAUCCUGGUGCACGUGCUGUUCCUCAUCCUGGUGUGCUACCCGGAGCUCAUCCUGCCCACCGUCUUCCUCUACCUCUUCAUGAUCGGCGUCUGGAACUACCGCCGGCGGCCGCGCAAGCCGCCGCACAUGGACACGGUGCUGUCGCACGCCGAGUCCGGGCUGGUGCACCCGGACGAGCUGGACGAGGAGUUCGACACCUUCCCCACCAGCAAGCCCGGCGACGUGGUGCGGAUGCGCUACGACAGGCUGCGCAGCGUCGCCGGCCGGGUGCAGACGGUGGUCGGCGACCUGGCCACGCAGGGGGAGCGCGCGCAGGCGCUGCUCAGCUGGAGGGACCCCAGGGCCACGGCCAUCUUCAUCAUGCUCUCGCUCCUCGUCGCCGUCGUGCUCUACGUCACGCCGUUCCAGGUGGUGGCCGUCGUGCUGGGCCUCUACCUGCUGCGCCACCCGCGCUUCCGGAGCAAGCAGCCGUCCGUGCCAUUCAACUUCUACAAGAGGCUGCCCGCCAAGUCCGACAUGCUGCUCUAGCUCUAGGCCUCUCUACCUCUAGCUAGCUACGAUCCAUCCAUCCAUCCAUCCAUCCAUCCAUCCAUCGAGCGAGCGUCCCCUUUCUGGAUCCCAACUUCCCCAGCAGGACACAGGACAGCAAGCACCUUUUUUUUUUAAAAAAAAAAUUAGUUUCUUAUUAAAUUAUUACUAUUUAUCACCACGAAUCACAAAUAAAUAUAUGUAAAUCCAUAAUAUAUAUAAUACUCCUAGCUAGUCCUAGAUAUAUAGGAGUUCGAUGAGUAAGCUGCCCACCUUUUUGUGGUUCAGGAGAGAAGAGUGGUACGUCCUCUGACUGUAAGUACUACUGCUCUGAAUAAGGAACAAGAGCAUUUUCAUUCCUCGUCAAAAACAAAAAACAAACAGCAUUUUCAUUUAGAAUAAGAUAAGAAGCUUCCUUUUCCUUGCUGUUUGUCUCUGAAUAACAAAGAACAAAAUAUUUAUACUCCUAGUAGUACAUUCUGAAUCAUCCAGAUUGGCGAUUCAUUCAUAAUCAUCCAGAAGCAGCAGCAGCAAAAGCCGGCAAAGCAAUCAUCAGUCCUGCGGAGGUGGUUGAUGCAUUCUUUUCGUCCCCUUUUUCUCUCAUCAUCAAUCAUGUGAUGUGGCCUGUGCCCGUGGGGGCAGGGAAUAGCAAGUGAUCUACAGUAUGAACAGGGCAGGCUACAUUACAUAGCAGUAGGAGUACCUACCAGUAGGUGAUGCAUCAUCCAUCCAUCCACGGCCUUUUUCAUCCUGGGUGCUGCAUAUGCAUAUCUUAUCUUUUUUCCCCCUCAGUGUCCAUUAUAUGAAUAUACAAUACUACAGUACUUACAA